AGACGCGGUGAUGGGAUGGGUGGCGCAGACAGUGGCAUGGGGUGUGUGCUCGCGGGUGGUGGUGGCAGUGGUCAUGGCUGCAGCCGCUGCUUGUCUUCCGCCCUUUGACGCCUCGGGCAGUCGGGCUGCUCUCGGCCACGCCGCCAACUGGGACGGCAUCUACUACACCGCCAUCGCCGACCGCGGAUAUGUGUAUGAGCACGAGAUGGCGUUCUUUCCGGGAUGGCCGUUGCUUCUUCGUGCAGUGGUCGCUGCGUCUGCUGGCUGGCUCUCGCCGCCUCUCGCUGGCGCCCUCAUCGCCAGCGUCGCCGGCAUCGCGGCAGCUCUCGCCGUCGCCUGGUCCGCUGGCCUUGUGUAUGAAGCCAGCAAAGGCUCAAAGUGGCUUCACGGCUCGGGCGUGACGCGUGAAACGUUUAUGGCUACGGCGGGCAGGCUCCAUGCUCUCUCGCCCGCAUCGGUCUUUGGAUCUGUGGCCUACACCGAGGCGCCGUUUGCGGCGGUUGCCUUUGCCGCCGUUGCCGCCUAUCUGUGGCUGGCUACGCCUGCGCGGCGUAAUGACUCGACGGCCUCACGGGUGCUGGCUAGUGUGAGCCUGGUUGUUGCGGGCGUUGGAGCUGGAUCGCUCCGCUCAAACGGUAUGUUGCUAUCGGGCCUCGCCGUCGCGCUUUGUGUCCGCGCCGCGACUGCGCCAGCGGGAUCGACACUGGGUCGGCUCGCAGUCUGUGCUGCCUGGCUUGGGGCAUCUGCGAUUAUGGUUGUUCCUUACCUUGCCUUUCAGGUUUGGGGGGCUUCGGAGGUCUGCGGCAGUGGCGUGGUGGCUCACGAUGUGCGCCCACACUGCGGCGCCUCGAUCGUAGCGCCGCUCAAGCUCUACUCGUACAUCCAGGCCACGUACUGGGGCAACGGCUUUCUGGCCUACUACGAGUGGAAGCAAGUGCCCAACUUUGCACUUGCUGCGCCGAUCCUCGUUGGCUCGAUGGCCGCCAUCGCUUGCUACGGCACUUGGCUUGUGCGCGGAUGGCGGGUCCGUCUAGCCGCGCUGGUUGCUGGCCGCGAUCCAGUGGGCGUCCUUGUACUCCAUUGGGCGUUUCUCGUUGCCGUUGCUACGCUUUUUAUGCACAUCCAGGUUGCGACCCGGAUGCUGUGCUCGUCGACGCCAUGCGUCUUCUGGGCCUCGGCCUGGCUCCUGCACAACCCGCGCCACAAUCGAUGGGCUGUCGGGCUUGUGGCCUAUGGCGUUGUGUGGAACACGCUCGGCGCGAUCAUGUUCCCCACCUUUUAUCCGUGGACGUAGGUAGUGACUUGUCCCGCCAAUGCAAUGAACAAGCUGUUGGGCUCUG